UGGAAUAGCUGAUAAGAAGAAUGGCAACACAGGGGCCAAAGGAGAGCAGACAGACGAGACGAGACGAGGCGAGAGAGUUCCAGAAGAGAAGAAGAAGAAGACGAAGCAGAAAUACAUGCAUUUGCAUACAUACACAAACAUAAAAUUACAAAACCUACAGUGAAUUGACCUAGAAAGAGACCUCUUUCUCUUUGAUCUCACAAUCAAUCGACGAUGGAAGGGGGAUCGCCUGAGCUUCAGUGCGUUGGCAAGUUGGAAAUAGCCAGCCCCAAGCCCGUUGGCUUCCUCUGUGGCUCUAUUCCCGUUCCCACUGACCGAUCCUUUCAUUCUUUCAACUAUAAUUCCUCUUCUGAUCUCAUUCCAUCUCCCCAAACUGUGACUGCUCCUCGUUAUCGCAUGCUUCCAACGGAGACUGAUCUUAAUAGCCCUCCUCUCCUCUCCACUUUUCCAGAUAAAGUUCUUCCAAUUGUCAGGCCCAGUGGAGGAGAUUUAUCCUGGGAUGUUGGCACUGUUUCAUCAAAUCUCACCAAGAAAUGUGAGGCUCUCGCUGUAUCUGGUUUGGUCGAGUAUGGAGAUGAGAUAGAUGUGAUUGCUCCAGCUGACAUUCUGAAGCAGAUUUUCAAGAUUCCAUAUUCCAAGGCUCGUUUGUCAAUUGCAGUUCAACGUAUUGGACAAACACUUGUUCUGAAUGCUGGGCCUGAUGUUGAAGAGGGUGAAAAGCUUAUUAGAAGACAUAACAAUCAAACAAAAUCUGCAGAUUCUUUGUUUCUGAACUUUGCUAUGCAUUCAGUAAGAGUUGAGGCUUGUGAUUGUCCACCAGCUCAUCACAUCCCAUCACAGGAGCAGUCAAACUCUUCUGUUUUUCCAGGAGUAAAUGCCCAGUUUGUGAGGCGGCCUGAUGAUGUUGUUCAACAUGAAGGAUCAAAUCAUUGUUCGGGUUAUGCACAAUUUAAGCAUGAUGGCUUGUUUUGGGGUAAUAAGAAGAAUAAGAGAAAUAAGGGUCAUGAUCCUAUGAAAAAAGUUUCACAAGUUAGUGAGAAGACCAGGACAACGAUGCAAGACUCUGAUAAACAUAGAAGAGUUAGUGAUGAUGGAUUUCUAAGGGUUUUGUUUUGGCAAUUUCACAAUUUCCGGAUGCUUCUGGGUAGUGAUUUGCUAUUGUUCAGUAAUGAAAAAUAUGUUGCAGUUAGCUUGCAUUUGUGGGAUGUUACAAGAGAGAUUACUCCGUUAACAUGGCUUGAAGCCUGGCUUGAUAAUGUUAUGGCAAGUGUACCAGAGUUGGCCAUUUGUUAUCAUCAAAAUGGUGUUGUCCAGGGUUAUGAGCUUCUGAAAACCGAUGAUAUAUUUCUGUUGAAAGGAAUCUCUGAGGAUGGUACCCCUGCUUUUCAUCCAUAUGUUGUCCAACAAAAUGGCCUUUCUGUUUUGAGGUUCCUUCAAGAAAAUUGCAAACAAGAACCUGGAGCAUAUUGGCUGUAUAAAAGUGCUGGUGAAGAUGUUAUUCAACUUUUUGAUCUUUCUGCUAUUCCUAAAAACCAUUCUUCCAGUGAUUGUGAUGACUGCUCAAGUUCCCUGCCUUCAAUAGUGCAUAAAGGAAGAAGUGACUCCUUGUAUUCUCUGGGGACUCUCUUAUAUCGAAUUGCCCACAGACUCUCACUUUCAAUGGCGCCUGAUAGUAGGGCAAAAUGUGCAAAAUUCAUCAAAAAAUGUUUAGAGUUUCUGGAAGAACCAGAUCAUUUGGUCGUACGAGCAUUUGCACAUGAGCAAUUUGCAAGGCUUAUUUUGAAUCAUCAUGAAGAUCUGGAAAUGAUGUCUAAAGCUUUUCCUGUAGAAUGUGAAAUUACUGUCUCUGAUGCUGAAGAAGAGUCCUCGUACUUUUUGAGCAAUGUUUCUGAUUUGGAUAUCAGUGAACAGGUUUCCUCUGUGGUAGCUGAAGAGCGCCCUUUAUGUGAAGGUAGAGAAUUUUUUGAAGAUUUAGUAACAGACACUUCAAUGAAGAUGACAUUGGAGGCAAAUGCAUCUUCUCCAAUAAAACCUAUAGCAUCAGGUACUACAGAUAUUGGAGAUUCUCGAAAUGCUGUACCAACAUCUUGUGAUGAUGAAAGCUGCACAUUGUAUGACUUGUCUCCAACAACCACACACGUUGUCCAAACUGUUGCUGAUCCAAUCUCCUCUAAGUUAGCUGCAAUACAUCACGUUUCUCAGGCUAUUAAAUCUCUUAGAUGGAUGCGCCAAUUGCAGAACACUGAAUCAGAGCUGAAGGACCAGGACAGUGAAACUCCAGAUACACCACCUUCAUCCAUGAAUCUUUCUAUUUGUGCAUGUGGUGAUGCUGAUUGUAUUGAAGUUUGUGACAUUAAGGAAUGGCUUCCAAGAUCAAAGUUGGAUCAUAAGCUGUGGAAACUUGUUCUUUUGCUAGGAGAGUCCUAUUUGGCACUUGGACAUGCAUACACGGAAGAUGGUCAGUUGCAUCAAGCAUUGAAUGUUGUAGAGUUGGCAUGUUCUGUUUAUGGAUCAAUGCCUCAACAUCUUAAGGACUCAAGAUUCAUCUCAUCAAUGAUAGGUUGCUCAUUGUUGCAAACGAAAUUCAUCUAUGAAAAUGACAGGACUAGAUCAUAUAAUGGUGAUGCGAAGGAUGUGAUAUCUAGCUCAAAUGAAAGCCUUACUGCUGAGCAGUUGUCUUCAUCAUACUUAUUCUGGGCCAACGCAUGGACACUAGUUGGAGAUAUUUAUGUUGAAAACUACAUGGUUAAAGGUAAUGAGAUCUCGAUAGAAACAGAGAGAAAAUCUUCUACUACAGAGUUGAAAGUAUCAUCUGAGGUUGUUAAGGAAGUUAAAAGGCUCAAAAAGAAGCUUGGGCAGUAUAUGAAGAACUGUAGUUCAUGUUCUCUGGUAAACUGCAGCUGCCAGAGUGAUAGGGCAAGCAGUGGAAGCAGCGCAAGCAGCAGGAAUGGAGAUGUGCACUCAACAGCUUAUGGCAGGAAGCAUAACAAAAAAUCUUAUGCAAAGAAUAACAUCUAUUCACUUUUGGCAGAUCUUGAAGAUGACAAUACUAGUGGCAAAUUGUUAAACAGACAAACUGCUGAUGGUGGACAAUUGCACCUCAAUAGAGAUGCUGCAAGUUUAACAGGUGUUUCUAAUACAAAUAAAUUUGUGGUAAAAGGAGUGGCAACUACCAAUUCUAAAAGAGCUGAUAACACUUUGAAAAUGCAUGACAUGGGAUCAUCUAUGACUUCUCAAUCAGAAACUCCUUCGACUGAAACACCUAAAGGGAAAAAUGGGGGCAUAUUUAAGUACCUCCGAGGUCCUAUAGUUGGAGAUGUUGAAUACCAUUUGUCAGCUGCUUUAAGCUGUUAUAAAGAAGCCAAAAAUGCAGUGACUGAAUUUUCAUCUGGUUUGGGAGAACUGCAACCUGUUGUUAAAAAGAUAGGGUGGGUAUGCAAUGAACUUGGGAGAUACAGACUUGAAAGGAAAGAAUUGAAAAAAGCGGAAAUCGCAUUUGCAGAUGCUAUAAAAGCAUUUAGAGAAGUUUCUGACCACACUAAUAUAAUAUUAAUAAACUGUAACUUAGGUCAUGGUAGGAGAGGAUUAGCUGAAGUGAUGGUGUCAAAAAUCAAUGAUCUUGAGGUACAUGGAAUUUUUCAUGAUACAUACAGCCAUGCUUUAGAGACUGCAAAACUUGAAUAUAGCGAAUCGCUUAGAUUUUAUGGAGCAGCAAAGUCUGAAUUAAAUACCAUGGAAGGAGAAGAUGAGGCUAUCUUAAGCAGCCUGCGAACAGAGGUAUAUACACAAUUUGCUCAUACAUAUCUGAGGCUUGGCAUGCUUUUGGCAAGGAAGGAUGUAACUGCGGAAGUUUACGGAAGUGGAGUCACAGAAGAGGAUUAUUUGUGUUUCAGUAGUCUUAAUGGCAGAAGAACAAGAAAAGAAGUGCAAAAGCAUGAGAUUUCAGCUAAUGAUGCCAUUAGGGAGGCAUUGUCCAUGUAUGAAUCACUAGGUGAAUUACGCAAACAAGAGGCUGCGUAUGCUUAUUUUCAGCUAGCCUGCUACCAGAGGGAUUGUUGUUUGAAAUUUUUAGAGUCAGGUCACAAGAAAAGUAACUUUGGUAAAGGUGAAGGCAACACUCUCGUACGGGUCAAGCAGUAUGCGUCUCUUGCUGAAAGGAACUGGCAAAAGGCAAUGGACUUUUAUGGUCCAAAAUCUCAUCCCACCAUGUAUCUGACCAUACUGAUGGAGAGAUCAGCCCUUCUAUCAGACCUUUCAAAUCCUUUACACUCAAAUGUGAUGUUGGAAUCAGCUCUAUCUUACAUGUUUGAAGGGCGUAACAUCACUGAAACGACUUUCAACUCGUUGAAAAUUGAUGAUCCCAAAUUACAUUCUAAGUUUUGGGGUCAGUUGCAGAUGCUUCUGAGAAAUAUUUUGGCUUCUGCACUUUCAGGAGGUGGAAACAGACUCUCCUCCGCUUCUCAGGCUCAGCCAGCUCCAUCACCCUACAUAUCUGGAGAUGCUGCUAAGCUUCGGGAGCUUUAUGGAAAGUCUCUCACGUCCUCUGAUUUCAGUCAAUUCGAUGCCAUGUACUCCUUGUGGAUAUCAUAAUCAGAAACUGGUCUGUGGAAGCUGAUCCCACCAUCUAAUUAUGGUUUUAAGUUGUAAGAGCCGAUGAUAUAGCCUUUUAAAGUCAAUUAAUGCCUUCAUAGGGAAACAAAAAAGGUUUUUUUUCAGUUCAUUUGUGGCUCUUGUUGAGGCGCGACCGCUUCAUGUUUACAGGUUUUGUUUAAUUUGAAAUAAACCAUUUGAGCAGUUAUGUAUUUUAUUAUUUAACGAAGUAGAUAUAACAAUUAAUGUAUAUGGCUUGCUGAUAUAGUCUGUGUACAAGAAUAAAUAAAUAAGAAAUAAAUGUUUUACGCA